GGAGGUGAGCUGCUGCUGGAGUUGAAAGAACGUGAAGCACAAAAAAAUCUUCAGCGGCUGCACAGCAAUGUCAAAUGGCUUCAGUUAAUGAUGGAAGAAGAGGAUCGCCAAGCGCCGGCGCAGAUUGGGCCUGCCCCUCGCUCUCAUGAAGAAAUCAAGAGGUCUGGAUAUUACCACCAACUGAGUGAGCGUUUCUUCCCGAAGCAUGUCCAAAGUACCGAUAUCGAUUUUGAUCGAAAACGAAGAUUUUCGGUUCUUUCACGUGAAUCUGAAGAAAGUGUACCUGACAAUACCGAUAAUGCUACGAUGGUUGAGAAGACGGUUGAGGUAAUGUUGUUGUAA